UAUUAUUAUUAAUGGACCAAUGGGGACUGCUGGUUUUGGUUCCAGCCUGGCUGUGAACUGAGCUGCUUGCUGGUCCAGGCUCUGUUUUUUUUUUUCCUUAGACGCUCUCUCCUUGUUUUCAGAAAUUCCCUGGAAGUGCGGCAUUAUUUCCAAAGCCUGUAGAGCUGAAGCCAGCACAAGGACCGCUAAUCACCGCCUCAGACGAAUAGCCGAAACAUUAACACUUUCAGUUCGUCGUACCCACUGGCUUUAGCCCCGUGGUUUCCUGGCAGUUACAGAUAUUGCAUUACCUCCACGUUCCGAACCGACGUCGUGACUGUUGGUGCGCCGAUUACUCGGAAUAACUCCACACAGACAUGUCUGCGGCUUUAGAAAGUGCUGCGUCUUUCUUUGGCUCUCGGUAAAAUUAGUGCUGCACUGCACUGAGGAAUCGAGCCUGGUGGAUUUAUUCUGCCGUAUGCAGUGGCACAGAGCAGUCUCUUGCUUACUUCUUCAUUUCUAGUACCAAUUUAUAGUGCUGCGCGUGUUUAAUUUCAUUAAAUGUAAAGAAUUUUUAUUAGUGCUGACGAUACAAUGUUGUAAAAGGUCAGUCUUUGUCAAAAUUGUAGCCCAUGAAAUAAUAUGAAGGGCGCAGUUGUCUUUUUUUCUUUACUCUUUUCGCUUGGGGAAAAAAAAACGGUUGUAAACGGAACGUUGUAAAGAGGCCCACUCUAUGGCUGACGGGAGGUCUGACGUCACGCUGCGGCGCCGGAAGGGGAAGGGUGAGCGUUGGCGAGAGGGAGAGAGGGGGGCGGAAGUGGAACUGUUUUCGCUUCUGCAGAAACUGAGCAAAAUAAAGGAAAAUAAAGGAGGAGAGAAGAAAUCUUCGCGGAGGAAAGCGGAGGGCGCCGGCGGAGAGACUGGAAGAGAGAGGACGUUGAGCAGUUUGACUGACAGCCUCACGGCCUUUAACUAUGGAGACGGAUGGAGACCAGAACUCCGGCUCAACCAAUGGGAGUACAGCGUCAGGAGGGAACACCCGUGUUCCACAGAUCUCCCAGAUGUCUCUGUAUGAGAGGCAGGCCGUGCAGGCUCUCCAGGCUCUCCAGAGACAGCCCAAUGCUGCUCAGUAUUUCCAGCAGUUGAUGCUCAGCAAUGCUCAGCUUCACAACCUGGCUGCGGUUCAGCAGGCCACCCUGGCAGCCAGUCGCCAAGCCAGUUCCCCCAGCACCAGCGGCGCCCAGCCCACCAGUACGGGACACUCCACGGUCAACCUGAGCUCGUCAUCUGGGGGUGGAGCUAUGAACAACCCCCGCCCUCUUGGCCCCACCUCUUCAGCUCAGUCGUCGGCGCUCAGCCAGUCGGUGCUGCUGGGUGGGACUGCGGCAGGACAGGGACAGAUGUUGUUCAGGGUGAAUCGCUCGCUCAGGGCUCCUCUGUCCUCUCAGCUCAUCUUCAUGCCCGGUGCAACCACUGCUGCUGCUGUAGCAACUGUUGCCCAGCAACCGCAGCAGCAACAACCGCAGCAGCAGCCACAACAGGAGGUUGCCCCUCCCUCCUCCUCAGCUAACCAAUCAGAGACUGACCAGGUUCAAAAUCUUGCUCUGCGCUGUGUUACCACUCCCCGAAUCGUAGGAGUGAAGACCGAGUGUCCUCCUCCACCUCCAGACAGGAAAGAAGGAGCUACCUUUUCCCUGGUCCAGCAGCAGCAGUUCCACCCCAAUCAGCAGCCGCAGCAGCACUUACAGGCCUCCAAGCAGCCAGCCCUGGGUCAGCAGCAGACGCUCUCCCCAUCCCCCAGCGCCACGCCCAGCACAGCCUCCAACUCUCUCCCUCUUAACAUCAAAACCUGCCCCCCUCCGUCCCCCAGCGCCCCCUCCGGCCCCCCAUCCUCGGCUGCCCCGCUGGCCACCUCCUCGCACUCCACCUCCCUACCUCCCUGCUCCUCGGCAGCCUCCCCCUCUCCCUCCUCGAUCCCCCUCUCCCAGCUGCUCCUGCCCCCCGCCUCGGGCAACAUCGGCUUUUGCCAGCCCCGGGCGGUCACCACGGUGACCACUGCCGCCGCCCACAUCCUGGUAUCGCCCGCCAACAACCCCGCCCACCAGCCUCAGACCUACAGCAGCAACCCCGCUGCCCCCUCCCAGGCCCUGGGCCACGCCAAGAUCGCCCCAAACUUGGGUGCCCAGACGUUAGUGGUUCAGCCUUUGCAGCAAAGUAACAGCAGCGACAAACUGGGCCAGAGUUCGGGCCCGGUUCCGAUCCAGCCCAAAGGCGCCCUGCAAAGUCUGAGGCUGCCCCUCCAGCUACCUCCCCGGCAGCCCCCACCUAUCCUCCCUGCGCCCCCCAAUCCGCCCCAGCAAAACCCCCUUCACCCCCCGCCCCACGUCCCAGUCCAGCUCGUAGGAGCCAGGCCGGGCACUCUCGGAAACUCCCAGGCUUUGGGUCUGGCACAGGCCAGAAGCUGUUGCCAUGACGGCGGAGGGUCCAGCGCUAACGCUCCUCCCACUUCUGCUUCCGUGGCAACCUCCGUACCGGCUGUAGCCCCGGCAGGGGGCGGGGCAGCUCCGAAGAGCCAGCCGUCCCAGCAGCCUGGCCUCCCGUUGGUCCAAAUUCAGCAGCACCAGCAGCAGGUCCCGGUGCCGCCCAAUCCGACCCGCUCCUCCCUCACUCCUCCCUCCUCCUCCUCUACCUCCUCCCCUCCCGCCUCCGCUUCUCUUCCUCAUUCGCUCUCUCAGGAUGGACAGACCGGUGCGGGCGCCACAGCACCCCCUAGCGGCGAAGGGGUAUAUGCGCAGUCUGCUUCAGCGCAGGCGAAGCCACCGAUUGGCUCCCUGAAGCGGAAGUCUGAGGACAUGUCCGGUGAGAUGGAGCCUGAGUCCACAGCUGCCGCCACGCCCCCUCCUGAGCAAGAGGUCGGCCAGCCCGGCCCCGCCCUCUCGGGGGCCGGUCGUCACGGCAGCGAGAGCAAGGCCCCGCCCCAGGCCAUCGUCAAGCCCCAGGUCCUGACCCACCUGAUCGAGGGAUUCGUCAUCCAGGAGGGAGCGGAGCCAUUCCCUGUGGCUGGCCCAGUCAAAGACAGGUCUGAGGGGGUGCUCCCAGCGGUCGUCCCACCCCCCACCCAGUCAGACUCCGGAGGUGCACCUUCAGUGUUGAAGUGUGAGUACUGUGAGAACUUUGCUCCAGCCAGUCAGUUCAGAGGCUCCAAGAGGUUCUGCUCUAUGACCUGCGCUAAGAGGUACAACGUGAGCUGCAGUCACCAGUUCCGGCCCAGGAGGGGGCGGGCGCCGCGGGGGGUCGUGCCCGACGGGGGCAUCCUGAGGCGCAGGGGUCCUCGCAGAAGCAGCAGCGAGAUCGCCUGCGCGAAAAUCACCGGCCGGCACCUGCCCAUCAAGUCUCGAUCGGAGUCCAGCCGUUCAGAGGAUCUUUCCAGCUGCGAGGACGACUCCCUCUCCCUCUCCCCCGGCUCCACCUCUUCCUGUCCGCGCCCCACCCGCUCAGACCCCGGCCCCGCCCCCGGCUGCCUGCCACUGGACGGCAGCUCCCACUUCCUGUCCAGCAACCCCGCCCACUGGAGUGUGGAGGAAGUGUGCCAGUUCAUUUCCUCUCUGCAAGGCUGCGAGGAGCUGGCGUGUCACUUCCUGUCCCAGGAGAUCGACGGCCAGGCCCUGCUGCUGCUGAAGGAGGAGCACCUGAUGUCCACCAUGAACAUCAAGCUGGGCCCCGCGCUGAAGAUCUGCGCCAGGAUCAACAUGCUGAAGGAGGGCUAGGGCCCGAGGGGGCUGCGCAGGCGGUCGCCGCGCCUCGGGGUGCGGGAGCGAGUGAGGUGGCUGCGUGCGUGUGGAAGACGGUGUGUGUGUGUGUGUGUGCGAGCGAGAGAGAGAGAGGGGGGGGACGGAGGCGAUCUCCGUGCCUCGGCGGGCGAGACGGACCACCCUCUCUCGAGGGUCUGGAAGAGAGUGCGAGGCGAGGUGGAGCGAUGCCGAGGGAAGCUGGUCCUCGUGUCCUCUCGCGUGCGAAUGAGCCUGUGUGUGAGCCUGUUGUGUGUGAGCCUGUUUGCCCUUCUCUUGCCACCAUAUAUACACAUGCUUGCGGAUCUGGCUGUCUGUCUACGUGUCUCCACUGGCAAAAAAAAAAAGUCAAGAGCUCUUUUAAAACGGUAUCUUUUACUCUGCCCUUAAAAGGUCAUUAGGCGAGCUGCCUUUUAAAUUUUAAAUGGUGCUUAAAACUACAACACUAAGACAUAGUGUUAGGAUCAGACAGAGCCCUGCGUUAUUUUUCUAUAUUCGCUUGUGAGCAGAGUCUGAGUAAUUGAGCUUCAACUGCGUUAAUACUGACUUCUAAUGCAGACUUUAGAGAUGCGUCUGACCCAGGGAGAUUAAAACAGGCACUAACAGAACCCUCCAGACACACAUAACAGAUUAACACAGACCCUAAUAUAGACUUGAGAGACACCCCUAACAGAUCUUACUAGAGUCUAAUAUAGUCCUUAGGGACAAAUAAAAGAGUUCAGUUGCUUGCAAAUGCGUACCAUCCAUACCCUUCUACAGACCCAAGAGUGUUUCUACCAAUCGGAGUCAUUUAGACUGUCUUGAUAUCUGUGUGUCUUGAGCGCUGCUCACAAGCUAGUAUAAGCGAGUUCUGCAUAGCUGUUUGUCUCACAAAUCACAAAGGGUGAGUUUGUGUUUAGCAGUUACAUUUGGUACUAGUAUUACAAUAAUGGAUAUUCUGCUCAAUAACCUAAUGCUUAGCACAGCUACAUUUCAUGUUUAAUCACAAUUGACUUACUAAUCCAACCUUGCUUUGUAACUAGAAAUAAAUCUCAUGGAAGCCGGCA